AUGAACAGCUCAAAGUGGGCUCCAGGCGGCGCGAAUAGCGAGAAUGAACCAGAUGCCCCCGCCCCACCAGCAAAUGCGCCUACGGGUCCUCGCGAUACCCAGCCGCGAGGCCGUCGCAAUGAGUCUGGAAGGGGAAGAGGAAGAGGAAGAGGCAGAGGCUCGAACAGAUUUGAGCGCACCAACGACCGCGGUGGGCGCAACAGUGGUGCUGCAGGACCUGCGCCAGAUCGCAGCCCUUCCAUCAACGAUAGCCUGUCUCAGUUUGGCAGGAUGGGACUCAACAGUGCGACUGGCAGACAGCCAUCUGGCGAGGACUUCAACGGCAGGUUGACAGUCGGUGUACAUGGAAACACAAUCAAUCAACCCCGACCAAGCGCCGUAUAUCCACCAAGCCUUAGCGUACCCCAAGAUGAACGCUCUCAGCGUGACGCCGACCAAGCAAUGGACGAGUUCCCUGGUCUGCAGACCGAACGACAAGCUGGUCGCGCGGUGGAUGUGGCUUCAAGGAUGUCUCUGCCCAGUCGCUCUUCCCCAUCAAUCUCUUCCUCUAGGGAUCUGUUCCGUUACGCGGCUCAGAACCAGGCUGAUCAAUCGAACCGCAUGACAGCGACCCCAACGUCCGCCCGCUCUGUACGUGCUUUCCAAAUCAAGAACACAGACGGUGAGAACGACACCCGCGACAUGGUCGACGCCAUGAACCAACUCUACAUUCGUCUUAGAGAGUCCGUCAACCACUUGGAGUAUCAAAACACACUGCAGCAAGCUCGCCCACAGACACCCGAUGCGCCAUCUGCAGAUUCGCACACCCCUGCAGUUGAUGGGUCCUCCUAUGUGCCCCCUCAGGGUGAUCUUUCUGACGACGAGUUUUCCUACAUGCUCAAGAUGUUUGCUGGUAAGACGAUUACUGCAGACCACUGGGAGAAUGUGGUAUGGAGCUUCUACGGCCAGAACGCGGCGAAUGCCCAUAACCAGGACCAGGGCCGGAACCAGAACCCAUUUACAGAUGAGUAUAGGAAUGAGGCUGCGGGAAAAGGUGAGGAUGGGGAUAAGGAUGUGGGUAAUGACGACCCCUAA